UCUUAGGCGUCUGUCUGCUCAUGGUUUAGUUACCAUCAUGUGAAAAAGUUGUUUAAAAUGUCAUUGUAAAUUGACAGCUUUAAAAAAAAAAACGUGCAGCAUCUAAAUGCACAUAGUUGAUCAAUGGUCUUGAACUGAAAUAGGACAAAUCGUUCCUCAUUGCGUAUCUGAUUCACUAGGGGAUUCAAAGAAGACAGGAUGGCGCAAGGGAAAAAUGAUAUGGAACGUAUUGGUCUCUUCCAAGAGAUGACUUAUAUUACCAUCGGAGACCGAUACAGAAGCCUUGGUGCAGUGACGUUUAAUGAUAGUGCUGGGAAAGGCAAACAGAUGUUGCCAGGUGGAAGCAAAGAACGAUCAACAGGAUUACAGGCAGGCUAUUUCAAUGAAAAGUUUAACAGAGUGUUUGAAGGAGAAAGCUAUUCAGAUCCAAUCAGACUUAAACGCAUCUUUCGAAUGAAAGAGUCAAAGAAGAACCUUGGCAAACCUUUUAUGCCUACCAAUGCAGAAAAGACAAUGAAUGGGCUAGGUACAUUUUAUGGGACAAUAGGUGGAGGAGUGACAGCAUUUAGUCCUCUCUCAACAAGAUCAAAACAAGCUACAAUACCAGGCAAAAAUAUGUAUACAAACCCAGGCAAGAAAGGAACUGGAUAUGGGUAUAUUGGUGUCACACUUGGAAAGUAUCCCAACAAUUUGUCAGACCCAUUUGACACUGACAAAGAACGGGCAAGGAAGGAAAACCAAGGCCAUAAAAAAUUACUGAAAGGUGGACCAUUUCAACUGAAUAUGCAUCCACAAGACUACUUUAAUGGAAAUCCUUACAUUCUCACCAAGCCUUUGCCACCAAUGAGGAAGACUGGUACUUCAUCAGGUCCUAAAAAUGUAACUCCAUUUAAACCCAGCUCUCCUGGCAAAAAGCUUGGAGGUGGAAAACACGGUUCUUUUGACCCAUAUCCCUCACAUUCAGUUGACCCAUUUGGAGUGAAAAUAAAACGACCCGUCAAUGUGGUUAACAAUACUGGCAAGAUCUAUGUGCCACCAACAGGACCCAAGUCUAGACCAGUCAACUCUAUUGUGGAUCAGAAUAUCACAAGGUCAAUCAACAUCCAGAAUUAUCGUGCCAUGACAGUUAUGUGACAAUGCUGCUGUAUCUUAAGACAACAAUAACAUCUUAACCAAAAUGAACAUAUAUUUUUGGUUAUGUGCUAACAGAAUUGUGCACACACACUGUUUUUAACAUCAGUGCAUGUAUCAUCAAAGAUACUAAUCUUGCGGAUUUGUAUACUUAGGAUAAAUGAUGAUCAAAUACAGGCAGGUAGCUUUCAUGGAUGCUUUUCACAGAAUUGUUCUGUGUGCAUCAAACUUGAAACUUCUGCCAAACUUUCGUCUGCAAUGAUCAUACUGAUAAAAAUACUAUUUAUUUACUUACAUUUAAAGUUGUUGACUUAUUUUAUAUAUGCUAUAAAAAGUAUAAAACCUUUGUCUACAAUGAUCAUACUGAUAAAAAUAUUAUUUAUAUGUACUUACAUUUAAAGUUGUUGACAUCUUACAUAUACUAUAAAAAGUAAAGAAAAUAUGUACAUUUAUUUACAUAAUUAAAAACAAAAGCAUUUUAAAAUAUCAACAAAUGAAACCAGCAUUCGAGAAUAUCUUCCCUGAAUCUAUUCACCCCAGGAAAAACAUUAUUUAUUCAAACUUUCUCAGCACAAAAUUAGAUUUACAAUCUACUAUAAGAUUCAUUCUACUUUUUCAUAUUGAAACAGAUGUGAUGAUAUAGUGUUUAUUAUAGGUGAGUUUUUUAAAUAUUUUUGUAUAUCUUUUGUCAUAAAUUAGACUAAUAAAACCCUACAUGAACUGCUGUUUCAAAAUGUAUAUUAUAUUUAGCUCUAAUCAUUGAGAGCUGUCUGCUUGCGAGGCAAACCCGAUGUGUAAUUGUGGAAGUUUUGUAAAAUCUGUCAGAAGCAUAUUAUACUGCUUUCUCUAUGUUCUCAUAUUUGAAGCAAUAAAAUACUUAAUAUUCCUUGUAAAGAGCAAAAUACGUAAAAGUUAAACUCUUAAUGCAUAUGUGAAUGCUAAAAGUAUAUAGUUUAUUACCUUACGUGUACUGCUUUCUAUCAGAUCAUUCUGUGGUGUUUUAGCUCUACAUGUGGUUUCUACUUAGGAAAAAGAGCCAUCAUUUUCUAGCGAAGUAAAAAAUGUAUUUGUGUGCACACAAGUGGAAUAUGAAUACUGCAGAUUUAGUUUAUGAAAGGACUCCAUAUUGUCCAUAAAAAUUUCCCUAUUUCUACCUAGACUAUUGUAACAUAUGUUCAAUAUUGAAUAAUUUUCAACAACAAUAUCAAAAACACAGACACUGUCAAGGCUUCUGCCAAUUAGAGGAAUGAGAUGUUAACUAGACCCACCAUGGAUAACAGUAAUAUCACAAAUUUGACUUCUUUCUGUGCAUUGCAAUAUUUUUAAUUAAAUAUCUUAAGGACAUUGCUCAAAACUGUGGAUAGGAUACUGAUAUGCGGUAGCCUCAUGUGGAACAUAAGUAAGGUCUAGCCAGAGACCACUUUUUUGUCCACCCCAUCUUCUGUAAGUGAAGGGGGACUAGGGGUCGUGGGUGGGUGGGGGUCUUCCUCUUGGUCAUGCUGGCUAGCUGUAGAUUAGGUGAACGAUGCUGGGUGUAUGUGUUCGUUCAAUGGUACGCAUCUCUUGUUUGUGUGUGUGUUUUAAAUGUACAAAGUUAAGUAAUAGAAUGAGAACAUUUCAGGACACUUCUCCGCACGAUAUGUCAGUGUGAACAAAGCAUUAAAAUUUGAUUAACUGUCAA